ACUGUCAGAUGAAGGAGCUUUUAGGAACGCAUGCUGUUGAGUUAGAUGUUUCCACCCUGUUUGGCAGGGUGCUGUCCUGUGGGAUGGAUGACACCCAAGAGCAGGACCACUACGAGGAGCGCCUAAAGGAAGUUUUUAAUAGCUUUGAUGCCAGCAGCUGUGGCUCACUGUGCCCGGAGGAACUCUCCGACCUCUGCCAGUCCCUGCACCUAGACGAUGCCACGCCAGCUCUUCUCCAAACACUACUGCAGAGCCAGGACCGCCUCACUGCCAGGGUUGACUUCGACCAGUUCAAGAAUGCACUGAUUCUGGUGUUGUCAUCAACUAUUGAGGCGCCACAAGCAGAACAGGAGACCUUGUCAAAACCAGAAUCUCCUGAGAUCGAACCAAAGUUUGUGAAGGGCAGUAAACGUUACGGCCGCCGUUCCACGCCAGAGUUCAUCGAGCCUAUUUCAGACUUCUCUGAGGUUACAAAUGCAAACCCGGCUGAGGAGGAGGAUGAUCCUGAGGACAACUAUGACUCAGCGGUUCCCCGGAAGCGUGAGCGCUGGAAUGCUCACGAAACAAGCACAGAGGAGUACGAGGCAGAAGGUCAGAUGCAUCUCUGGAACCCCGAUGAACCAAGCACACCUCGGGGAUCCAUCGUUCCUCUGCCGACCUGUGUAGAGGAGAGACUGCGUGAAGCCUGUGACGAGCUGCAGAUAUCAUGGGACGGGUGUGCCGGUCACACCGAACUGCUCGCUCUUUGUGAACACCUGGGCCUGGAGAUAAAUGCGGAUAUACUCCAGAGUCUAACCAGCGAUGGCAUAAUGAGUGUUCAGGAGUUUGUUUCCAGGGUUGUAAACCACAACAAACCCCCCACACCGUCCGCCUCCACGCCCUACAGACAACUGAAACGACACCUUUCCACUCAGCCCUUUGAUGAAGGAGGCAGGAGGAUAGCAACCCCCUCUGCCCUGACAAGCACCAUCGGCAUGCGUCUCUUCUCCAACCUCGACGAUGGUACCGGUUUCACUCCAGUUGAAUACCUCCUGGAUGCCUGGAUAGAUGAGGGAAUAGAAAACAGCACUGAGAUCCUGCAGGCUUUGAAUUUUAACCUCGAUGGAAAACUGAGUCUGAGCGAUCUCACCCUGGCACUUGAGAAUGAGCUCCUUGUUACUAAGAAUGGGAUCCACCAAGCGGCACUUGCGAGCUUCAAAGCUGAGAUCAGAUAUCUCCUAGAGCGCGUGGACAGAGAAUUAAGGGAGAAAGAGAAGAUACGAUCUGACCUGGAGAAAGCAGAGAAACUGAAAACUCAGCUCGCCACUGAGGUGGAUGAGCGUCACUCUGCGAUCGAGCAGAUGAAUAACCUCAAUCUCAGGAAGCUUGAACAGGAGCACAAAGAGAAGCUCGCUGCAGCACGAUCAGAGCUGAUGAAGGAGAUGGACCAGAUGCAGCAGCAGGCCGACGCGCAGCGCAAGGAACUGGAGGCAGAGGUGGAGAAGAUCAAAGAGGAUGAAUCUUUUCUCAGGGACCACCUCUCCAUCUCUGUGAAGGAAAACAGACGCCUUGAAAUGGAGCUACUGGACGCCACAGAAAAACUAGUGGAGGCACAGAGCCAAAAUACAAAACUCCAGACAAGUUUGGACAACGUUAUGAAAGAACGGUUUGGGGACUUGGACCCCAGCAGUGCAGACUUUCUUCUCCAGGAAGAACGCAUCAAGGACCUACGCAGUGGCUACGAAGCUCAGUACAGGGAGCUGCAGGAUCGUAUUGACGAGCUGCAGUCAGAGUUGCAGGAGUUUCACAGUCUCGGAAGAGUUCAUCAACCCUGCCACAAACCUCUCUCCGAAGAGCUGGAGAGUAAAAGCCCCGGCAUGGAGUCUGAUCCAGGUAUCGGUUCAGAUGAGGUUCAGCCCUUCAGCAUGAGCCUUGAGGCAGAGAUGAUGUUAGAGCAGCUGAAGGAGCAGCACCUUCAGGAAAUUGAGGAUCUGCGAAACCAGCUGGAAAGCAAGAUCAAUGAAUUUGAUAAGAUGGUGGGAAAGCAGAGGGCGACUCAUGAGGACCAGAAGGCUGCCUUAACCCUCCAGUACCAGCAGGAGGUCCAGGCUCUGAGGGAGGAGAUGGACAGCAUUCAAAGUCACAAACAGGAGCUCCAGAGCCAGCUGGAACAGGCCGAACUUGAGCGGACUUCUCUGGAGCAGAAGCAGGCCGAGGAGAGGGCAGAGCUGGAGAAUCUGCAAGAGGAGCAAGUGGGAACUCUGAGACAACAACUGCUAGAGGCCCACACCUACACUGCAGACCUGGAGGAGCAGCUGAAGACACUUGAAGCCCAGCAGACCGAGAUGGAUGGCAACCUCGCCAAUGAGAUAGAUGAGCUGAGGAAACAACAUGCUGCUGAGAUGAAUAAACUGGAUGAAGAGCAUGAAGAGCUUCUUGAAGCCAGACUGGACGAGGAGAGAAAGAAACUGCAGGAAGAAAAGGCUGAGUUCGAGAAGAGAUUGUUAGAUGAUAGCGAGAGGGAGAAGGAGCUGUUGCAGCAAAGCUAUGUGGAUGAACUGAAGGCCAGACUAGAGGAGGCAAAGGUUAGGUUUGAGGAGGAGCGUGAUGAGAUUGUGCAGAGGCUGACAGAGCAGUGGCAGACAGAGAGGGCUCAGCUGGAUGAACAGAAUAAUGAGUCCCUGCAGGUGGUGUUGGAGGAAGAGAUGUUGAGACUUGUCAGGGAGCAAGAGGAGAAGGAGGCCAAGCUCAGGGAGCAGUGGGAGAGCGAACGAGCCCAGCUUCAGGAGCGUCAGGAGGAGGCUCUGCUCGAUAGAGUGCUUCAAGAGAGGUUGCAGGUACAGGAGAUGUUUGAGCAGAGGGAGAAAAAGCUGAAGGAGGAGUGGGAGAGGGAGAGACUGCAGCUGGAGGAGGAUUACGAAGGGAUGGUACAGGACAGGCUGAAUGAAGAGAGGCAGAAGCUUGAGACUGAGAGAGAGGAGGACGAGAAGAGACUAGAACACUUACUGGCAGAGGAGAGGGCUCGUCUAGAGGAAAGCCACCGAGAGGCCCUGAAGGAGCUGACUGACAAACACAGUGAAGAGAGGGAGGCUCUCAGCACCAUGUUGGGCAAACUACAGGAUGACAUCGCUCAAGAGAGGAGGGAAAUCGAGAUCAGCUUCACCCAAAGAAUCAACGAAGUGGAAAGCCGUUUCUCAGGUGAUCAAGAAUCUGUCGCAGAGCGUUUUCAGGCCGAUGUUUUGAGGCUUGAACAGCACUACCAAAGUGAGCUGAAGGCUCUCUCUGAAAGACAUGUCGAGCAGAAGCUCCACUGGGAGGCGCAGAUACAGGAGGCCCUUGAGAAUGCCGAGGGACAAAGAAGACUGAUGGAGGAGGCAAUGGAGCAAGAAAGAGAGAGUCUGAAUCAAGAGUGGGCAAAAGAAAAACAUGAGCUUGAAAUUCUUCAUAGAGAGGAAAUGGAAGAACUUUUAAUGAAAAACCAGCAGCUUCAAAAGGAGCUAGAUGACUCCAUUAGUUUGGCUCAGACUAAAGAGAUAGAGCUCAGCAGGCAGCUGAAUGACCUCCACAACCGACUUCAAGGAAGCCUUGAAAUUAAAGACGAGCUUCUGGCUCAGUCCGAGAAGAAAGCACUUGACACCGACCUCCUGCUAAAUCAAACUGUGGAAGAUUUUAAACAGGAGAGGGAAGAACUUCUGAGCACCCAGGUGGAGCUUGAGGCAAAAUACAAUGAGAUGUUUGCCAUCUCUGAGAGGCAGAUUACUGACAGGAUUGAGUUGUUGACUGAGCGGGACGAUUUGAAGAUGAAGAUCAAGGAGGUGGAGAUGCUGCUCAAACAGGCAGCAGAGGACUUUGAGCUUGAGAGGAAGGAGCUGCAGGAACAUGCAUCUAGUCUUGAGGAAAAGUUAAAAGACAAUCGAGAGGAUGACAGAGAAGAGCUCAUAGCAGAAAUAGAUAGGCUUAAAGACAGAAUAAAAGAGUUAGAAAUGGAAUUAAAUCAGCUUUCUUCUUCUGCGGAAAAGGCUAAGGAAGAAGAAAUGGAAGAAUCAAAGGAAAUUAAUACUUUAAUGGAGGAAGAAUGUGUUUCUUUCUCUGAAGAACAGGAACCAGACGGAGGUCCGGAAAAUACCAAAAAUAUUGAUAAUGAAGAUGAUGAAAACAUCCCUGCUACCAGUGAUGAUCAAGAAGACAACAUGUCAGGAGUAAAUCAGGUUGUUGCUGUUCCAGAAGAUCACCAAAAUGGAGACUCAAGCCCCGAGGAAGUUGACAGAGACCCCGAAGGAGGCUGUUCUUCUGCAGAAAUUAGACACAAAGACCCUGAAUCGACAUCCUGUGAAAACAAUUCAACUGUUGAACCCAAAAAUGAAGCCCCAGAGAUGCCAUGUGAGGCAGUCUCAUCCCCUGAGGCAUUUGAAGGUGUAGAUGAAGAUGCAACAGACGGUGGGAAUGAAGUUGCUCUUGAAUCAUGUGAAGAGGAGAACAAACCUCAAGAUGUGCAAACCUCAGACAAUGAGAGCUCUUUCCGUGAAGAUGAGCCAUGUCAUGAGACUGCGGUCGAUCCCUCAGUGCUGGAGGAGACAGGUGACCCAGAUGUACUGUGUCUGGUGGAUGCUGCGGUUAGGUGUUUACCAAUUAACUCUCACAGCUGUAGACAGGAAGUUGAAGUAGAGUCAGACUGGGAACAUUUAACCACCAAAACAAAGGAUGAAUGCGCACAUGAUUGUCUGGGAAAUCUGGAUGAAGAUUGUGAGGACGGAGAUCGUUCUUUUUUUAAGCUACAGGCUUUGCAGAACACCGCCACCGAGGAGAACAUCCUCCUACAUGAGAAGAUUUCUCUGCUUCAACAGAAGACAGAAAUACUGGAGAAUCUUCUGGCUCAUAACACUGAAAAGGUCAAAACUGGCCACCAGAUAUUGGAGGAAAACUAUGGCCUCAAAGUGAAAGUGCUGCUCUUAAUGGAGCACAUCAAAGAGCUGGAGGUUAAGGCCUUAAAGAUGACAGAUCUUCAGAUUAGAUAUGAAGAUUGCAUGUGUGAAAAUGCCAAACUGAAAGACCAAAACAGUGAACUCGAGAAGAGAGUUUGGAGCCUUGAAAGCAGGAUGAAUGUUUUCCAUGAUUUCAAAGAUCAGCAGGUCGUACUGGUGGAUGAGAUCGGAAGGAUGAGAGAAGAGAACCGAAAGCUCUCGGAGUUGUUAAGUGAAUUGGAGUGGCCGGAUGAGAUACUAUCAGCCAUACACCCAGACGCUGGACGAUCAGAGAGCCCCACAGAGGAGUCUCUUCUUCAGGCAGAUCUGGAGGACAGCUGUGAGGAGUUUGAGAAGCAGAACACCAUACUUCGCAGAGCCAUCACAGAGCUACAGGACGAGUCGCAGUCGUUAAAUGAAACCACACAGGCUCAUAGAUCUGAGGCGAGUCGUCUUGCUGAAGAAAACGUCAUCCUCAAGCAGAAGAUUGCAGCGUUGAAGGAAGAGGACAUGAAAGUACUUCAGGAAGAGCUGGUGCAAACAAUGGAGCAGUUGCAGAAAGGAAACAUUGCAGCUCAAAAGGAAGCAGAGAACUUCGAGAAACAGAUUUCAGAGCUGCGUUUGCAGAGCCAAUCACUGGAGGACGAGAACGGGCUGCUGUCAGAGAAAAAUACCCAAAAUAUUUCUGAUAUGGAGAAUCUACGCCAGCAGCUGGCAGAGCUGAUAAAUGAAAACGAGAGGAGGGAGGUGUUCACUGCUGAGGAGAAAAACAAGCUGGCAGCUUGUGUGUCGGCUCUGGAGGCAGAGCUGACCAAAGCUCUGGAGGACACUGCACAGCUGGAGCAGAGGAAUACCCAGCUGUCACAGCAGCUCUCUGACCUCAGAGAGAAGGCGGUUAAAGUAGACUUAAUGGAGAGUCAGCUCAGCCACCUGGUGGAGGAGCGGAGAAGCGCGGAUAAGGAGACCCAGGGCCUCUGCAACCAGUUAUCCAAAGCUCAAGAGAAGGUCAAGACAGUGGAUGAAACUCUUCAGGCUGUGAGCAAUCAAAGCGCUCGUCUUAAGUCAGACCUCCGAGUUUUGCAGCAGGAGAGGGAUUCCCUCAAACAGGAAGUUGCAGUGCUUCACAAACAGCUGCAAAAUGUCAGUGAAAAGAACCACAUUUUGGAGAAGACCUUGCACUCGAGUGGCGUCCACAGUCCGAGCAAGAAGCUGUACAGAGAUGAGAUGUCUCGGCUGGCGGACCAGGAGCGGCAGCUGCUGAGGCAGGAGAACGACAGGCUUCAGGCUGAAGUGCGUAACGUCAAAGGAGACCUGGUGCAGUCCAAAGAAAAGGUCCGCCAGCUGGAUGCCACCAUCGUGUCCCUGAAGCAGCACAAACAGCAGAGUCAGUCCUCGCUGGUGAAGGCCUUGGAGCAGGAGAACGCCUCUCUGAGGCAGGAGCUCGAGGCACAAAAGGAGCUCACCAAGGGCUGUGAAUCAGGACAAGGACACACAGAGCCAGAGAGCCUUCAACAAGAAAAUGAUGCACUCAAGGCUCAAAUGGCUCGACUGUCUACACAGCUGCUAGAGGCAUUUCAGGCUCAGCUGGUCGGACUUCUGCCUCCAUCACCUCACAGGAUGCCCAGGGGACAGCAUCGUGGUGAAGAUCCGGACAACAUGCAGGGGCCGAUGCCGGAGCAGCGGGCGGCUCACGCAGACAGCUACCGGCGGAUCGGUGGAUUGUAACACCAGCGUCUUUCCCUGCUCUUCACUUUAGCCUCUUUGCUUCCCCUCCAAGACUGCUCCUCUUUUCUCAGUCCUGCUCUUCCUCUGCCGUGUCUGGAGCCAAAAUCUGACUGUGGCACGUGAUGCCGUCCUUUCUGCGUCCUUAUAGGAGAAUGUGAACUAAUGUGGUGCCUAAUUCAAAGGGCAUAGAUGUGUAAUUGUAUUUCCUUGCUGCUAGGUGGCAGGAAAACACAGAGGAGGGUACUGAGGUUUUUCCCAAUGGGAUUUUAUAAAAUAACGACACGACGAAAUUUAACAUCUACAAACACAAGACUUGAUUACAAGUGUCCGAUCCUGUUUUGUGCUUUUUGUAGUUUGAAUACAGGGAAUGUUUUUAACACAGGGUGUAUUUCUUGUUAUGCACUUGUACCAUUUAUCAUCAUGUGAGACAGGGUAUAUUUACAUCCUCAGAGGCUCACUCUUGUGUGACAGCUUGCCUUACGAUCAUCGAGGAGUGUUAAGUUGAGGCGAGGUUAGUGCCUAACAGCUUCCUGAGCCUUUUCCAACAAUCAAGCAACCUGUAACUGUCAGGUGACGUUACUGUCUGUGUCCAGUAUGAGAUUUCUCUGUGAACGUUUUCACUGUUUGUCCUUUGUUGUUUAUGCCUGUAUUUCUUAUCUGACACUACACAUAGCUGAAUGUUUCUUCAAGCUACCUGUUUGUGUUCUGAGACUGUGUGUGUGUGUGUGUGUGUGUGUCGCUGCUGCUGCACAACCAAAGUGAAUUGCAUCUUUCUGUUUUUUUUUUUUUUUUCCCCCUUGUUCAAACACGUCAAACAACUUUGAAUGUUUAUCUGGUAUUUAUGAUUAGAAACCAAAUCAUUGUUUGUCCCCAGUAGUGAUGUGUUAAUGUUGUAUCUGUGUUUUGAGUCAUUUAGUGAGUCUUUUUUUUUGGACCAUGUAUAGAUUUAAAUGGAUUUUAUUGUUUUGUUUUAUUUAUUUUAAAGGCAUAGUUCGGAUUUUUUGAAGUGGGGUUAUAUGAGAUACUUAUUCAUAGUCUGUGUAUUACAUACAGUAGAUGGCUGUAGGCCUGCUCCCAGUUUGGAGAAGCAGGUAGAUGUACUGACACAGAAGCUAAGCCAUGUCCUGCAAUAAAACGUAUUUUAGCCUCCUAAAAAAUCUAGAAAUGUUUAAGUGUACGCUGUACUCAAACUAUUUUCAUCACUUUACCUUUUCGAUAGACAGCCCAAUCCAACAGGGAAGUCGUUUGCAGCUUUAUUUCCCUGAUUAUGCUCUCGUCAAAUCCACCAGACUCCAUUGACAAAAACAGCAAUUUUAGCUCACUGAACACGGCAAUUCUGUUGCUGCUUCAAUCUGCAAUUAGUUUGAGUUAUUGUGUGACUUUGGUGAAUCUGAACUAACCCUUUUAAACACCAAAGUCACACAAUAAUGCAAAAAAAGUAGCUGAUCGAGGCAAUGGUAGACCUGUGUUCAGUAGUGUUAAAUCACUGGUUUUCUCAAUGGAGUCUGGCUUUGAGGAGAGUGAUAUAAUGGCUUUAGUUCCCUGUCUCACAAAAAUGUAAAAUUGAAAAUAUUCUAAAUGUAGUGCACGCUUAAACUAUAGUGAUCUCUUUAAGCAACUAAAAUACAUUUUGCUGCUGUCCCCAUCCACAACAGUACAAUGCUUCACUCCAGUGUCCGUAAUCCUGCUGCUUCUACAAACUGGGGGCGUGCUGACUGACAUCGUCUGUACAUAACACUCUGACUAUGGAAGAGUACCUCAUACAACCUCACUACAAAAGAUCCCAACUACUCCUUCAAUAGAAAUAUGUUAGGAUUUAUAUUUUAUUUAUGCAUUAAAUUAUUUUUGUAGAUGUAUCUGGAAUACAUGGCAUAAUUUUAUACCUAUUUAUAUUUUAUUUAUUUUUUAGCGCGUUGUCUCCUCUCCUUUAGAAAUGUACCAGAGAUCAUUUAAUGCUGAAAUCAAAAUAAAACAUCUAGCUCAUUA